UUUAUGUCCCCGCCGAGCCGCCGUACUCCGAUACUCGUAGUUUACAGUCUAGUUUUUAAAACGAUGUUCGCUAAUAAAGUCCUGCCUCAGAAGUAGGAGAAAGCGGCCGAAAGAGGCAACUGGAGCGGCGCAAAGAUGACCGAGAGUGGAGGAUCCACAUGGAGGAGCAUAGUCUCGCUUCCAGUGCUCCUCUUCGUCAUGGCUGGAUUUCCACCGAUCUGCUGUGGAACCCAAAACUAUGGUGGCAAACCCUUCAGAGACAUUGCCAAGGAAGUAGCGAGUUACACUGAUGUAGCUAAUAAAAUAAUCGACCUCGCUGUCUAUGGCAAGGCCCAGAACCGCUCCUACGAGAAGCUGGCAGCUUUCACUGAUACGGUAGGGAACCGGGUGAGCGGCUCGCAGAACCUGGAACUGGCCAUCAAGUACAUAUACAGCGUGCUGAGGCUGGACGGGCUGGAGAAUGUCCACCUGGAGCCAGUGAAGGUCCCAUUCUGGGUACGAGGAGAGGAGAGUGCGCAGAUGGUGCUGCCCCGCAACCACACACUGGCCAUCCUCGGCCUGGGGAGUAGCAUUGGGACUCCCAAAGGAGGCGUGGAGGCGGAGGUGCUGGUGGUGGAGUCAUUCGAGGAACUGAAGAGGCGGUCUGCUGAGGCCAAAGGCAAGAUUGUGCUGUACAACCAGCCCUUCGUCAGCUAUGGAGAGACAGUCCAGUACCGGGCUUUCGGAGCCACCGAAGCUGCUAAACUAGGAGCGGUCGCCUCCCUCAUCCGCUCCAUCACCCCAUUCUCCAUCAACAGCCCUCACACAGGGUGGCAGGACUACCAGGACGGUGUGCCCAAAAUUCCUACUGCAUGCGUGACGGUGGAGGAUGCCGAGAUGAUGGCCAGGAUGGCACGGCGUGGCGAAAAGAUUGUCAUCCGCCUCUUCGUGGGGGCCAGGAACCUCCCGGACACCAACUCCUUCAACACUGUGGCGGAGAUCACUGGGAGAGAACACCCAGAGCAGGUGGUGCUGAUCAGUGGACACCUGGACAGCUGGGAUGUGGGUCAGGGAGCCAUGGAUGAUGGUGGAGGUGCCGUCAUCUCCUGGGAGGCCCUCUCUUUACUCAGGGACCUGGGCCUGCGUCCGAGGAGGACGCUUCGCGCUGUUCUGUGGACCUCCGAGGAGCAGGGAGGAGUCGGAGCCGCCCAGUACUUCCAGCGUCACAAGGUGAACAUCUCCAAAUUUGACCUGGUGAUGGAGUCGGACAUGGGCACCUUCAGGCCUCUGGGUAUCCAGUUCUCAGGAAGUCAGCAGGCUCGCACCAUUAUGAGGGAGGUAAUGAAACUGCUGCAGCCUAUCAACGCCACAGCACUGGAGGAGCAUGGCGAGGGUACUGACAUCAACCCGUGGAUGGAGGCAGGGGUGCCAGGAGCCAGCCUGCACACUGAGGACAAGAAAUACUUCUGGUUCCAUCACUCCAAUGGAGACACCAUGAGCGUCCAGGAUCCUGUGGAGAUGAACCUGUGUGCUGCUGUUUGGGCCACUGUGGCCUACGUUGUUGCAGACCUGGAAGAGAUGCUGCCUCGAUAGGCCUGCCCUGAUUGUCGCGCUCCCACAGGUGUUUGACAAUCUAAAAAUGGCCUCCUGGGUACUGAAAACUGUGCCUGAAGAUUCCCUUCGGGCUCUGGUUUCACAGCAGUUAAACUUAUUUGUUAUCAGUAAUGGUGCAAAACACUGAAACGUGUUGGAGUCAAAGCUACUGCUACUCCAAGUGGUGGAAAAUUGGCAUAUUGCGGAU